AUGGAACAAUUUGAACGAUAUGACAAGGGCGAACUAUUGCGAGAUCGAUAUCUAAAAGUUAAUGAUAUAAGUGAAGGUUCUUACGGUUUAGUGUCAGUCGCCAAAGAUACGCGUAACAAUGACUGUUUGGUUGCUGUUAAGUUUAUCUAUCCAGUUGAUUACAAAAAGGACCAUCAACUUCUUGAAACUACAUCAAGACCAUCCUCAAGUCCUGCGAAAAUGAGAAAUAACGGGAACAACAAAAAUGAAUCUGAUAGUCAUGAUCUGCAACAAAAAUCCAAUGUCAGUAAACCAACAAGAGAAUCUAUUUUCAAUACCUUGUAUAAUGAGGCACAAAAGGAAAUCAAGUUCCACAAAAUUCUUGGUGAUCAUCCUCAUAUUUCUAAAUUGUAUGAUCAUUUUGAUACUUGUUUGAUUUUGGAAUUCUGUUCUCGAGGCGACUUGUAUGAAGCAAUUCAUAGUGGCAAUGGUCCCGUUACCACUCCAGAUAUCAAGGAUGUAUUCCAACAAAUCUUAACUGCAGUUGAGUAUUGCCAUUCUCGUGGAGUUUAUCAUCGUGAUUUGAAACCAGAAAAUAUUUUAAUUGCUGAAGAUUGGUCUAUUAAGAUUUGUGACUGGGGGUUAGCCACAACAUCAAAGAUUGUCACUAAUAAAGAUGAAUUUGAUAUUGGAUCAGAAAGAUAUAUGGCUCCGGAAUUGUUUGAUAACAAUUUAGAAUCUUAUGAUGCUUCGAAAAUUGAUAUUUGGUCAGUGGGAGUCAUUUUAUUAACAUUAGUUUUCCAUAAGAACCCAUUUCAAGUUGCAAAUUAUUCUGAUAAGAGAUUCAUUCAAUUUGUUAACAAUAGAGAAGCAUUAUUUGAUAUUUUUUCAACCAUGAGUGGUGAUUUAUUUUCAGUAUUGAGGUUUAGUUUAACAAUUGACCCUGAUAAUAGAGAUUUAAAGGGAUUUUUGGAUGAAUUGAUGCUGUUACGGUACUUUACUAUUGAUGAAGAAUAUUGGGCUAGUGAAUAUGAUGAUGAUGGCGACUUAGAAGAAGAAAGAGUGGGAGGCGAAGGGGAAGAAAAUGAAGGGUAUUACGAUGAUGACGAUGAUGAUGACCACGAUGAGGAAGAAGAUCUGGAAGAAUUUGGAUUUUUUGAUGAUUAUGAAGAUAAGUUAUCGGUUUCACCUCAAAAGUUAGUGGAAAUCAAGGCUACACCGGUAACACCAGUAACACCAAUUUCCAAUGAACCAAUGACUAAUCAAAAACUGGAGAUUAAUCCAGCUCCUCAAGUUUAUGUUUAUAAAUCCAGUUUACUGAAAUCACCGGUUGAUAUGACACCGCCAAUCCCUCAUAAUCGUAGAGCUGAUGCAUUGUUAUCAACAAAUACUGAUUUGAAACCUAUACCAAUACAUGGAACUGCUGGGUUCAAGUUCCAUCGUAAUACAAGGAAACCAUUGAAUGUUGCUUCGUAUACUCAAAACUCAUAUAUGAACAAUCGAUUCAACAAUACUGGUAGUUCUGGUUUCAAUGCCAAUUACAAUAGUAAUAGUUAUAAUAAUAAUAACAACUAUAACAGCAAAUUUAACCGAGAAGAUUUUUUCACUCCAAAAUCAGUUUUCAAUCAUUAUUUGGACAAAUAUGGAGAACAGAAAUUUGGUAAGCAAUCCGCAUUUGCAGAUGGCUAUAAAAAGCAUUCACCACCUCAACGAUACAAAAAGAGAACUUGGAAGAAGAAUAAUAAUCACAAACGUAAAACGGGUUAUCAGCAACAACAACAUGUAUACAACAGCCAGUACCCUCAUCCUACCAAUAACGAUUCACAUAAUCAUCAUCGCGGGAAAAGAAAGUCUAGACUGUAUUCUACGUCUAAAUUGAAACGAAACGUUAUCAAUGGUAAUACGAAUGGCAAUAUCAAUGGAAAUGGAGGUGGUGGCAACAAUUUGACAUCAAAUUACCCUUCAUUACAUCAUGGAAGUACAAUGAGCCAAAUUGUUAAUGGAAGUGUCAAUGGUAAUGUUGGAUCCAAUAUAUCUAAUUCUGGGAAAUAUAUUCCGCCUUAUUUAAGAUCUCCAGCUUAUCAAAAAUCACCAGCCAUUGAACCAUUAACUGAGGAUUUGGAUCAUUUGAAUUUGAAUAAUGAUUAUGAUGAAGUGUUCCAUUUGGAAGGAGAUUUCGAUAUGGCAAGAAAUGGCGAUAAUGAUGAUCAAUAUGACAGUCAUAUAGAUGAUGUUGGUAAUGGUCCACAUGAUUAUCAUUUGAAUGUUGCAGGUGACUUUCCGCACAAGAGAAAUCCAAAGCCUGAUGUAGGUUUCAUGCAUCAGCAUCACCCUACUGCUACAACCAUUACAUCAGGAGUAAAUGGUCAAGUUCAAGCCCAAGGUCAAACUCAUGGUAGAAGAAACUCUACUUCUUUUUCUACUUCUUGGAUGUUGAAUACUAAUAGAAGAGCCGGGGCAAUUUUUGGUAAUGAAUUACCAUUGGCUUCAAAUAAUACCAAUUCAUUACCAAACCAAACAAAUUCAGUUAAUGGUGGUGGCAUUAAUACUAACAGUAAUGGUAAAUACGUUCCGCCAUUUAGAAGAAACUCGGUUUCAUCAUCACAUGGUACUGCAAAUGGUACUGGUACAAAUGCUGCUGCUGGAAUUGCCUCAUUUAGAAAAUCUGUCAAUGAAAGAAAGAAUAGUUUAGAGUUUGCCAAUGGCAGCGGUACGAGUGGUGGUUCUAGACCUGUUUCGAGUCCUUUGACCGAAUUAAAGAAUCAUCAUCAAAACCAUCUUCAAGAAGUCAAUAAAAGUCGCUUUAAUAAGCUGAUUCCUGUUGGUCUUGAAUUGGUUUCCUCAUUUAGAAAAGAUUGGUGUGAUUAUGAUUAA